UUUGUAUACAUAGAAUAUGAAAAACAAGAAAACAUCCACUAGUUCAGCUGUGUGACAAAAUUAUAGGCUGAACGUUUUCAUUUCGAAACAUCUGGUCCAUGACAUUUGAAACUUAAUCACAGCCUCUGAGUCACUUAUGGUGAUGUAUUUUCCCAUAAAAGGACGGUUAGAGUCGCUUUAAGUUUGUGCUGUCACAGGGAAAGUUCAAAUCUCAACGAACAUAGCUUCAGAACAUGGCUGAAGUUGCGAUCGAUACAGAAAGCUCUAGAGACCCCAGUUCGCGACGAGGACGUCGUAAAAAGAGAAUGUCAAGAGAAAUUGACGAUUACACAAACGAAAGUAUAGAAUCACCGAGCUCUCUACCAGAGAGAAUUCCUCUUCAAGAUGUUGCAGACGGCGACAAAGGUGGAGUGACUCGUAGCGCGUCGAAUAAUUCUGGUGAUCAAGAGGGAAGCUCAGGGAUUCCGCAAUCAACUUCGGAAAGAAAAAACCGUGCUAGAAGACAGAGAAGAAGGUCCAGGAUGGAAAAUGGAGAUGUUUAUGAUGGAAUGGAGUCUAAAACACUAGAUAUACCAGAAAAGAAAAGAUAUAAACGCCCUGCAUCUGGUGUAACUCGCCAUGCCAGAUCAGCCAGUGCUGAGGUCAUCAAUAGGGACGAGGAGGAUAUGAUGGGAGAUACUGAAAACUUUACUCCUGCAAGGAGAAGGCCAAGAAGGAAAAGAACACAUGGCUCCCGAGAUGUCAUCAAUGGUGAAGAAUAUACUUAUGACUAUGAUGGAUAUGACGGCCCAGGAGACUCAAAGAGGACAAGACCAAAGAAAAAUAAAACAAAGAAGUCUCAAAGACAGCAAACUGGAACAUCAGCAGAGGAAGACAACUAUAAUGCCGAUAAUGAUGAAGAAGCUUCAAUAGUUGACUAUUAUAAAGUGGACAAAGAAGACAUUGUCGUGAGCAACACCUCAGAAACAUCACCCCCUGCCCUACCCCCUGUGGCUCAGACCUUGCCAAGUCAACCACUAGAUGUUGUUUUUAUUGAACGAAGAGAUGGCCAGGGAUUUACACGGGAGAGAAAAACAAGGUUAAUGCAAAUGGAAGAGGAGAGAAAUAAAGAACCUGAAAAGAUUCCCUCCUCCAUGCAGAUGACAACUGCUGAAUUUGCUGUGUCAGUGCAUAAAGCCUUUAGAUCUUUUUCUGUUUUCUGCCAUGGACUUCUUGCAGGUCUAGCACUUUGCCAGGUCAUCUUUGUUUACUCGCUUAGUAAUAACAGCCAAGGUGAUGUGGUCUUCCUGGAAAACUACUACAAGUUGGCGCAACCUUUACAGUCACUAUACUACAUGCUGUUUGCAAUCUGUACAGUGUCUGUCUUUGACAGGUACGAUAUGGCAAAUCCACGGUCUGGCUUUUUCCGGGACUUGCUGUCGAGACCAUCUAGAAUUCUUUCAAUAAGUGCAUACCUCUUUGCUAUGGUCUUUUCAAUAAGUGUGGCCAACAUAGACGACAGAAUCAGUUUGUACAAGGUACACAGCGACUUAUGGGGACACGCGGAGACUUCUUCGUUGUUGGAUACUUGGAGGAUCAUCAACCUCAUGCGCGUGUUAGGGGCCGUGUUGGGCUGGGUACUAGUAUCAGCUCAGCCGUCAGACGAAUGUACGGCAGAGAACUUGUACGAGGGUGAACUGCUGCCCGGGGAACAGAGGCUCGUGCAACAACGAGCAGCCAAAAGUGAACCUCAGCUUGUGGUGUAAUCAUGUGAAAACACGGUUGGAGACUGGGUCGAGCUACACCCAAACUUGAGUCGUUUCACACUCAAGACGUGUUUAAAAGACACGUGACAAGACGGGAAUUGUAAACAAGGAAUGUUACGUACGAGUGCAGCACAAGAGGUCGCUUGUCUCCAGUUAACCGUUAAUUAUUGCACCGAAGGCGACCAUGAUGUAUCUGUUCUUUAAAUAGAGAUAUUGUUUAGACUUUCAGAAAUACCUGAAGUUUGAAAUUUAGUAAUAAAAAAGUACUCUGUAAGGAAACUUGUAUGAGAUAAUCAUAAAGGGAACAGCAGCUCUAAGUCGGAAUAAUUAUGAGGAUCGAAACGCACCAAUGACAACAGACACAGGUGCUACAUAUAGGGACACCUAAAACUUUGUAGGCUACGUGUAGCCGUACCCUCCCUCCCAAGGUGAAACGGAGGCGAGGGUUUCCUUAUAAACUAACUGAUGGUACAAGUGCCUUGAUUAGUCAAAACCUAUCAUUAAUUACACAACCACAGUUCCUUUUUAAGCAGUAGGCCGCAUUUUCAAUCACGAGUCGGAGGCGAGUGAUUAACAAACUUUUCUCGUAUUCUCCCGACAUCCCGUGUGGGUUAAUAUAUAGAUUUAGCCAAGCCUAAAAGCGGAGCUCGCAUUUUUUUUCCCGCACGUCUCAAGGGCACAACGCCUUGCCCCGGCCAGGACUAGAAUCCGGGUCGUCCGACUCAGAGCCCAGUGCACUGACCACUGGACUACUGAACAAAGCCGUGGCGUUGGCGUGCCCGCGGUAGAGUUCACCACGCAUAUUAAAAGUAGCACCUUGUACGGUCGAUGGGUUACUACUAUUUUGUACAAUUAUGGGGCUACGCUCUGCGAGCUCCGCUAUUACGCCGCUAAACGAAAAGGUGUGGUUUAGAUCUUAAAUGCAGUAUACCAGAUUCUGUCCUGAGAAACGUGUUGAAAAUCUUGAAAUAUCCUUUGUCACUCUUACUUGAGACCACUGAGUAGUACAGAAUAAAUGCGCAAGUUAAAGUAGAAUUGAGAUUCUCUUUAUUCCUUGCUUUGUACAUGUCGUGAAUACAAAAAUAAAACGAAUCGCGAAUUGCCACAC